GUUGGCGUUGCUCCAAGUUUGUAGAACCUGCAUUGAAGCGUCCUUUGAGAGAAUUGUUUACUGAUACCACAGUGUAACCCUUGCAUGUUCGGACACCCAUAGGUUCAAUUUCUAAUGCAAAAUUCUAUGUUGCAAGUGUGUGUAUAUGUUUGCCCUCAGCAUAGUUACAUGAGACGUAGUUGUUGGUAGUGAUAUUCACAAUUCAGAAUAAGGACGAGAUCUUUGUUGGCCAAUGUACCUCCAUAUACCAGCCAAUUCUACGCCGAGUCUUCCUGAUGAAAAACAUGAAGAAGACUGCGAGAUCAGCCGAGAUUUCUGGCCUGACAAAGGGGAUAGAUCAGGAAGCCGGAAGAGAUUUGAACACCAACGCCCGCCUUGGGUGCCGAGCAAGUUACCCAACAAGUUUGGGGUGACGAACCAAGCACCUCCAUACACCAUGUAUCGCAGGGACAGGCAGACUGUACAACCACAGUCUAUUUGCUCACCAUGACAGGAGAAAUCCCAGGGACAAUGGGUGACUGAUGGGGCCGUGAGGAAAUAAAGCGGUGUUUCCGUGUGAAUUUCUAUAAUA